ACGAUGUGGCUGUUUUUCACAACAACCUGUUUGCUCUGUGGAACUUUAAAUGCUGGUAGCUUCUUUAAUUUGGAAAAUGAAGCGAAUCCUGAAGUGUGGAUGAAUAUUAGCGAGAUCAUCACCUAUAAUGGCUACCCCAGUGAAGAGUAUGAAGUCACCACUCAAGACGGGUACAUCCUCAGCAUCAAUAGAAUCCCCCACGGGCGAAGAGAUGAUAGAAGCACAGGUCCCCGGCCAGUUGUGUACCUGCAACACGCUUUGUUUGCAGACAAUGCCUCUUGGCUUGAGAAUUAUGCCAAUGGCAGCCUUGGAUUCCUCCUAGCAGAUGCAGGUUAUGAUGUCUGGAUGGGAAACAGUCGGGGGAACACUUGGUCAAGAAGACACAAGACGCUCUCAGUGACUGAAGAAAAAUUCUGGGCCUUUAGUUUUGAUGAAAUGGCCAAAUACGAUCUUCCAGGAAUAAUAGACUUCAUUGUAAAUAAAACUGGUCAGGAGAAGCUGUAUUUCAUUGGACACUCCCUUGGCACGACAAUAGGGUUUGUAGCCUUUUGCACCAUGCCUGAACUGGCACAAAGAAUCAAAAUGAAUUUUGCCUUGGGUCCUGUGGUCUCAUUCAAAUAUCCCACGGGCAUUUUUACCAGUUUUUUUCUACUUCCAAAUUCCGUAAUCAAGCGUUUUUUUGGUACCAAAGGUUUCUUUUUAGAAGAUAAGAUGGGCAAGGCACCUUCUACCAAAAUCUGCAACAAUAAGAUAUUAUGGGUGAUAUGUAGUGAAAUUAUGUCCUUAUGGGCUGGAGCCAACAAGAAAAAUAUGAACAUGAGUCGAAUGGACGUGUAUAUGUCACACGCUCCCACUGGAUCAUCAAUACAGAACAUCCUGCAUAUAAAACAGCUUUACCGAUCAGAUGAAUUCAGGGCGUAUGACUGGGGAAGCGAAGCUGAGAACAUGCAUCAUUACAAUCAGAGCCGCCCCCCACUCUAUGACUUGACCACCAUGAGAGUGCCUACUGCUAUGUGGGUUGGGGGCAAUGACGUCCUUGUAACACCCCAGGAUGUGGCCAGGAUACUCCCCCAGAUCAGGAAUCUCCGUUACUUCGACCUGCUGCCCGAUUGGAACCACUUUGAUUUCAUCUGGGGCCUCGACGCUCCUCAGCGUGUGUAUAGGAAAAUCAUAGACUUGAUGAAGUCAUACUCCUGA